GUUUAUAACUUUAGUGAAGAAAUUAAUAGAAAUCUAAAAUGUUUACAACGCUUUUAUUGACGACCUUCUUUGGAUACAUUGUAACUCUUGGUUAUGAAGCAGCAAGUUGUUUGGAUAAAAAUCAUUUUUUGCACGAAAGUAAAAAAGAAGAUAUUUCCAAAAUAGAACAAGAUAUUUUUGAGUUAGAAACUGACUUGCUCGGACUCUAUAAAAAAAAAUACGAUUUAAAAGAUUUGGCGGCUUCGUUUUAUCCUUUAUUUCCUAAAUUUAAUACUGAUUAUGAAAGCAAUUCAGAAAAUCAGUUAAACCAUCCACGAUCUAUUGGAGGACCUCCAGGUGUACCAUGGUUAGAAUCAUUGUUAAAUACUUACAAUGACUAUAAAAGAAGUAAAAAUACACCUGCAGGAUUUCCGUGGAAAAAAACAGUUGAUAUUUUUAACAAAAACGAAACUCCAAAAAAACCAAUACUAAGUCCGUCAAAAAUUGAUAUUUCUCAAAAGUUGCAAUCAUUAAAUGCUCUGUUAAAGGACUAUGAAAAAAAAGAGGCAAAAACAACUGAUUUGGUAGGGGAAAAAAUAAUCGGCAACAUACUACCAGAAGACGAUAAAAUUAGUGCAACAGAAGAAAACUUGCUCGAUAAACUUUUCAAAUCGAUUAAAGAAUCUCGAUGAUUGGAGAUUGGAGAAUCUUGAUGAUUGGAGAUUGGAGAAUCUCGAUGAUUGGAGAACU